AGUUGCACUUACAUAAUGAACUUGAAUGAAUUGGGAUUAAUAAGUGACAACACUGAAGGAAACAGCUGCAAAAAGAAAAAUAUUCAUGUUUUGAAAUAAGUAUGAUCUUGGCACUCUGCAUAUUAUGUGUCAAAAAACAGUCUGCCUCAUAAUGAAGUAAUGAAACUGGUAAUGUGUUUUCACAGUAUGACAUAACUAUAAGAAAGUAUUAAUCAUAGAUCACCAAAGGAUCUUUUAUCUUUGUUUUCCAGUACAGACAUGUCGUCUUCAAGCCUUGUGAUUGUACUUCUUUGUGCACCCAUCAUGGGUCAGAUAUCUGCACUUCUCAAUGCCACUGUCGGAGGGUCCGUCCUGAUUCCCUGUUCACUACCAGUGAAUUCAACAAGCAUCAAAUGGUUUUACUGGCAGGAGGAUGGGUCUGAAAAACUUUUGUUCCACUGGGACAAAAGUGGGGAAACACAACCAGUAGCUGAUGAAUACAGAAACAGGUGUCAAGUUUUCAAUACUGAGUUUAGUUCUGGAAAUAUUUCUAUUAAACUUAACAAUGUUAGUGUUGGAGAUGACCAGAAAACAUUCUGGGCCUUUAUUCGUUUUGAUUCUACAAAACCGCUUGACCAUCAGUGCAAAUCCUCUUUGCGGGUCUCAGCUGCCUACCAAGAUCUUAACCUGACCAUUAACAGCACAUUAAACAGUGCAACCUGUACGGCACAUGGAGGAUACCCUGAACCUGAAGUGAAAUGGACUGGUCAAAAUAAAUCUAGCGGUGAACAACUGGACCUGCAGGAUGCUCAGACGUCCCAUCAGCAGCAUCCAACCAAGAAAACCUUCUCUGUCACAAGCACCAUCAGUGUCAAAGAGCUGCAGUCUGUAACCUGCCACGUGUAUAACCCUCGCUCCAAACAGCAGAUUGAGAAAACCGCAGUGAUUGAUGCUCCUGGUGAGGAGCUGCUGAGUGCAAUAGGUGUAUCAAUUGGAGUCGUUGCUGCCAUAUUAUUAUUAUUAUUAUUAUUUGUGUGUUUUUUUCUCUACAGAAGACGAAGAACAUCAAACUGUCUUCCAACAGCAAACCCACCCGGCUCAUCAGCAAGUGGAGGCUCAGCUGGAGGAAAUGCUUCCAACAUGCAGAGUAGAAGUGUUGAAAGUGCUGGUGAAAGUGAACCUGAGACAGUCAAUUUGCUACCAGGGCAUCAGUCUGCACUUUACCGUUCGUCAGUGAGGAGGGAUGGUGCCGCAGCAAAUGUGACCAAUGAAGACUCUUCUGCUUCUGAGGAAACAGACGACCACAAGAAAGAGGCAGAUGAAACAAAAACCACAGAAAGUGACAAAGACAAAUAAGCAGUAUGAAUGGAGCAGAUUUUUUGUACUUUAACCUGUUUAGUGCAGUUCAAACUAACUCUGGUACAUUUCUCUGGUUCAGUUUGUUUCGGCUGUCAGUGGAAAUCAAGUACAGAUUAAACAACUGGACCAAGAUGAUAUAAUAAGGUGCUAAUCCAUCCCAUAGUUGUUGUUGUUUGAGACAUUUUCACUUAGACAUUGUUUUUUACAUUAUUAUAAUAUGUUUAUGAUCUAACAACCCAACUAUAUGGUAUAACUAUCUACAACAUCUGGACAUUAAAGUGAAGCUCCCUUCACUUUUAGAACAAUACCCUUCAGCCUCAACUGUCAUUCUUCAUGUUGGCUCCAAAGACAUCAAAACACAACAGUCAGAAAAACUGAAAAAGGACUUUAUGAGCCUCAUCGACACUCUCUUGGACUCAAGGGCUCAAUGUGUCAUCUCCGGUGCUAUGUCUUCUCCUUGCUGGGGAGACGUAAAGUUUAGCUGUGUACUCAAUCUUCACAUCUGGGUAAAAGGCUACUGCAGAUCACUGGGAAUUCCUAUCGUUGACAAUUUCACUACUACGCUGAAAAGCAUAGUAGUGAAAUACGCUUUUGAUGGUCUUUACCCAAACUGGACUGGUGAUAUUCCCGUCAUUGUAAAUGCCACAUACUGUGUAAAUCUUAAAGCUAUACCAAGGAGGAAUGUUAAAUACUUGCCUGCGGUUCAGACUCCUGACAGUAGCCCAUCUAUUACCCCGGUCUCACUGAUUCCCCUCAUCACAAACUUUAGGCCCAAGAAAUGCCUCCCUGCUCACUACAGCCAACGGUAGUAACUUGAUCCAUAUUACCUACAAUCAUAAACAGUCUGUGCAAUUCAUCACUCCAGCUUAAACUGCUCUAUUCAAUGCUAGGUCUUUUACCUUUAUCCUGAGUGAUCUGAUCACAUCCCAUUGGACUUUCUGAUUCUGACAGACAUGGCUAAAGACUGGAGACUGUUGUUCUGGCACGUCUUCAGCUCGUACUAAAUGCAGCAGCUAAGCUAUUAACUAGGACUGGCCGUAGAGCUCACAUUGCUCUUAUUUCAGCUUCACUGCAUUGGCUGCCAGUGAAGUUCAGGGUCCAUUUUAAGAUUCUUUUAAUCACUUAUAAAGGCCCUACACGUUUUAGCGCUGGUCUACACUUCUGAGCUACUAAGCCCUUCCACUCUACCGAGUGGUCACUUAGCUCAGCCAACCAAAAACUGUUGACCAUAUCACAUGCCAAACUAAAAACCAAAGGCGACUGUGCUUUUGCUGCCCUGGCACCCAAACUGGAAUCAUCUCCCUUCUCCCAUUAGACCAGCUGAGUCUGUUGACUGUUUUAAACAAAAUUUAAAAACCCACUUUUUUAGAAUGUUUUUUCCAUAACAUUCGAUAACUUCAAGUGUGUGCUCUGGGUGGUUGCUGUAUGCUUUCUCUGUUUGUAUGUAUUCUUGAAUGUUUUCUAUGUUUUUCUUGUUCUACUUCUUUCUGUGCCAAUGUUGAUGUUUGCUCCAAACAACGUUUUUGAUGUCACAUAUCAUGCCCAUAGACCCACCCCUUAAAAGUAGAUUUUCAAUGAGCUCAGAAGACUGAAAACAGUCUUUUAGUGUCAAACUCUGCACAUACAUCAUUCUGCACAGUGAAGCUCAAACGUCCAGCUGUAGGAUGAAGAAGAAACACAUUUUUGAGUGAAAGGGACUUUAACGUUACAAAAAGAAAGCUCACAAACAUGUAGCUGCUGUUUUUACUGACAACUAUACAGCUCUUGACUCUUUGUAAAAAAUCUCCUGUUUUGUUGGGACACAUUUCAGUGCUGCAGAUUUGUUUUGACAAAUUUAGCUGCUAAUAGGAAAGGACAACAAGCUAACACUGAUGUUAAUUACAUUAACUGAUGCUAAAGUCAUUUUAAAUAGGGAAAUUCUGAAGUAAUUUACCAGUUCAUUCAAGUUUUAUGUCGUAAGCUGAGAUUGGUUUUUCAAACCUCACACUGCUGUAAUGAUUCUACACGACUUCCAACCACAGCUGAGCGGCUCUAUGAGCUCCACUGAUACGAAUAAAAACACACAGGAAAGAAACUUUAGUUAAUGUACAUAAAAAAACAUAUUUGCUUACUCUGCACAUUCAUUUGCUUACUUUGUACGAUUUUAUGUGUAUUGUUUAUUGCACUGGAAUCCGAGUAAUGUUAAUUUUGUUCCUUUACAUGAACAAUCUGUUGGAAUGACAAUAAAAACCUUGAAAUCUUUA